UGGCAUGGCGGCAAAGCGUUGUCUUCAUCCAUUGGUGUAUGCAUAGAGAUCCUAUUAAACUAUAGUGUUGCAGGAGUGUCUAGACCGUUGAUACGUGUGAAUAUGUCUGACAAGGAAGACGGGGCCUCAGGGGGGGGGCUGAAUGUUACCCUCACGUUUCGGCUUCUCAUGCACGGGAAGGAAGUGGGCAGCAUAAUUGGAAAGAAAGGGGAAACCGUCAAAAAGAUGAGAGAGGAGAGUGGCGCUCGCAUCAACAUUUCAGAGGGAUCUUCUCCAGAGAGGAUCGUUACCAUCACAGGACCAACAGAGGGCAUCUUCAGAGCUUUCUCUAUGAUCGCUGAGAAGUUUGAGGAGGACAUUACAGCUGCAAUGACAAACAGCACUGUAACAAGCCAUCCUCCAGUGACACUCCGCCUUGUGUUCCCAGGCAGUCAAUGUGGCUCCUUGAUAGGCAAAGGAGGCUCCAAGAUCAAGGAGAUCCGAGAGACCACAGGUGCUCAGGUACAGGUGGCAGGGGACAUGCUGCCGGAAUCCACUGAGAGAGCUGUCACUAUCUCAGGCACCCCUCAGGCCAUCACGCAGUGUGUCAGACACAUCUGCUCUGUCAUGCUGGAGUCACCGCCCAAAGGAGCAACAAUCCCAUAUCGCCCCAAGACCAUGCCUGGAGCCGGCCAUCCAGUAUUUCAACAACAACAACAACAUGCCUCACAAGCCUUCACAAUUCAAGGACAGUAUGCUUUCCCACAUCAAGAUUUGACCAAGCUUCACCAGUUGGCUAUGCAGCAUAUCCCCCUCCCUUCCCUUGGGCAGAGCAACCCUACCUUCCCUGGAAUGGAUGCCUCUGUCCCCAAAAGUUCUCAGGAGCUGGCAAUACCCAAUGAACUUAUUGGCUCCAUAAUUGGCAGACACGGCAGCAAGGUCAAUGAGAUUCGCCAGGUGUCAGGAGCUCACAUUAAGAUAGCCAGUGCCACGGACGGAUCGCCCAUGCGCCAAGUCACGAUCAUAGGCUCUCCGACCAGCAUCAAUGUGGCACACUACCUCAUCAAUGCCAGGCUCUCGUCAGUGGUAACAGGCUUGGGUGUUCUGUAAGUGUUGUUGUUGCACACGCAGUGCUGAAAGGAUUACCAUGCAGCCAUAUUGGAUUCUUGUGGCUUUGACAAUACACAAUAAUCCUGUAGAGUGGGACUGUCCUAACUAACUCCUGUAGUGCUGUUUUUGCGACUUGGUUUUCUCAGAACUGAAGUCCAAAGGAACAGAACUCUACAGUCCAAUUGAUAUUCUACUCUGCUCUCAGUAUCUGUGAUUGUCGCAGCACAAUAUUGUAACAACGUUAUGUCUAUGCUUGUGUUUUUAAUUAGGGUCUACCCUUAGGUUUGUUGAUGAGCUCUUCCAAUUUGUUAUAUUUAUCACAACGUACAUCAUGUAUUUUAAAUAA